ACCAAAACAAAAAAAAAUUGAUAUCCGAAAAACGAAAAAUCGAAAAAUUGAUAAAAUUUAAAUAUUAAAGCGAAAUUAUAGAUAAAAUGGUAAAAUAGCUUGUGAAAAUAAUACAGUACCUAUUUGAAUACUAUAAAAAAUACAUAAACAUUUAAAAGUGGUUCAAACUGAAGUCAUAAUGUUUAUAACCAAAACAUUUUCCAAUAACUUUAUAUUAGCUCGAUUUUCAACUCAUGUGAGAUAUCUCUCGACUGUUCAAGUGUCUGGUGAACAAAAGCAUGAGAAGUUUAAAGGAAAAUACGAUGUUAUUAUCGCUGGUGGAGGCAUGGUUGGAUGUACCUUAGCCUGUGCUAUGGGCAAAAACUCAUUACUAUCAAAAAUGAAGAUCCUCCUGCUAGAAGGCAGCGUGGACAAGAAGUUUGAAUUAAAGCCUGAGUAUAGCAACAGAGUGGUAGCUUUGAACCCAAACACAAAGUCUCUUAUGAAGUCUUUGGAUGUGUGGCAGAAUGUGGAGAGUAUGAGGUUGCAACCUGUCAGGCACAUGCAAGUCUGGGAUGCCUGUUCCGAAGCUCUAAUAUCAUUCAGCAGUUCUGACAUCUUGGAUGAUGACGUAGCUUACAUUGUUGAGAAUGAUGUUCUUAUGGAAGCCAUUAACACAGAACUGAAGUCUGACGCAGUGAAGAAUGUUGACAUAGUGUACGGAGCUAAGAUAGCGAGCUAUAUACUAUCCAAGGCUGCACAAAGUGCUGAAACAGGCAGUGUAGUGAAGAUGGAGAAUGGUGAUAGCUAUAUCUGUGAUUUAUUGAUUGGAGCCGAUGGAGCCAACUCCAAAGUUCGGGAAGCAAUGGGAGUGCAGUACAUAUCCUGGAACUACGACCAGAUGGGCAUCGUUGCGACUCUUCAUUUGGCCGAGGAGAGUGAAAACACCACAGCGUGGCAACGCUUCUUGCCAUCUGGCCCCGUGGCGCUGUUGCCGCUGGACUCGACACACAGCUCGCUCGUGUGGUCCGUCACCAAAGCGCAGGCCAAAGACCUGCUCAGUCUACCUGAGGAGAGGUUCGUCGACGCGCUCAACGAUGCUCUGUGGAAGCAAUACCCGCGCAGUAGUACGGUGGACGCGUGUGUGUCGUGGGUAGGCUCCGUGUUGCGGCGGGCGGGCUUGCCGGACGGCGCGCAGAGGCAGUUGCCGCCCAGUGUGCGCGCCAUCGCCCCCGGCUCGAGGGCCGCGUUCCCCCUGGGCUUCGGACACAGCACCAGAUACGUGGCGCCAGGAGUCGCUCUUAUAGGGGACGCUGCUCAUCGUGUGCAUCCAUUGGCGGGUCAAGGAGUAAACCUCGGGUUUGGAGACAUUAAAGACCUUACGCAGCUCCUAUCAGACGCUCUUUACGCUGGAUUAGAUAUUACGCACUCCAGCUGGUUGGAACAGUACGAGAGUUCUCGACAGCGCCACAACGUGCCGACGCAGCUGGCCGUAGACGCGCUGUACCGGCUGUACGGCGUGGAGCUGCCGCCUGUCGUGCUGGCACGCAGCGUCGGCCUACAGAUCACCAACGCUUUACACCCCAUCAAGAAAUUGAUAAUGUCUCACGCAACUACAUAAACGUGAUGGAAAAUUGUAACAUCGGACUUUUUCUUCAUCUUGUUGUGUACCUAGUUUGGUUUUGCGCUUAGUAUUAUUUUUAUUAUGUACCUAAUUGUUAAGGUUGAUUGUUACAACUGUAAAUAUGUUAUUUUUCUUAAAUAAAAGCUUAUUUUCGAA